AUGAUAGGCACGAUCUUGUCAAUCUUUUACGUUAUAGCGAGAAUCAUGGCAAACAACGAGAGAACCUUCAUUAUGGUCAAACCCGAUGGCGUCCAGAGGGGAUUGGUCGGCAAAAUCAUCAAGAGAUUCGAAGCGAAAGGAUUCAAGUUGGUCGCUCUUAAAUUCCAGUGGGCUUCCGAAGAUCUUUUAAAGAACCACUACGCCGAUUUGUCAGCAAGGCCCUUCUUCCCCGGUCUAGUUAAGUACAUGAGCAGCGGACCCGUAGUACCAAUGGUGUGGGAGGGUUUGAACGUCGUCAAAACUGGACGUGUUCUUUUGGGAGAGACCAACCCAGCCAAUUCCGCCCCCGGAACCAUCCGUGGAGAUCUCUGCGUGCAAGUUGGACGUAACAUCAUCCAUGGUUCCGAUGCUGUCGAGUCUGCCAAGAAAGAAAUCGCUUUGUGGUUCACAGAGAAGGAGUUGGUCAACUGGAAGCCCGCCCAAGAAAGCUGGGUCUACGAAGACUAGACAGUUACAUUCUUUUUUUUUACUUUAAGUAUUGGUAAUUUAUAUUAAUAAAGAAAUUUACAUUUA